AUGACAGGAAACGUAUUUGUAAUAGCGGCCAUCCUGUUGGAACGGAAUCUACAAAACGUCGCAAACUAUCUAAUCCUUUCCUUGGCCGUCGCCGAUCUUCUAGUGGCCUGUCUUGUUAUGCCGUUGGGAGCUGUCUACGAGGUCAGUCAGGAAUGGACAUUGGGACCAGAAUUGUGUGAUAUGUGGACCUCUAGUGAUGUCUUAUGUUGUACGGCAUCGAUCUUACAUCUAGUAGCCAUUGCAUUGGACAGAUACUGGGCAGUCACAAACAUCGACUAUAUUCAUCAAAGAACAUCAAAACGUAUUGGCAUCAUGAUCUUCAUUAUUUGGCUAGUGUCGUUCUUCGUUUGCAUAGCACCUUUAUUGGGUUGGAAAGAUCCCAACUGGGAGGUUCGCCUUAGGGAUAAGAAAUGUAUAGUCAGCCAAGAUAUUUAUUACCAGAUAUUUGCUACUGCUUCAUCUUUCUAUCUUCCUUUGAUGGUCAUCCUAAUAUUAUACUGGAGGAUAUUUCAAACAGCAAGAAAACGGAUCAGGAGAAGACAAGUUCUAAGUAAAAAUAAUGAAGAAGGAGCUAAGAAUCCAGCCGCUGGAGGGAUUGCUGGUGGACUUGCUGCGGCUAGUGGUACAGAAGGCAACGCAUCUCAAACAGUAGAAGAAAAUGAAAACAGUGGCAUAGCAGCUGCUGUAGUAACUGUAAUCGGUCGUCCUUUGCCGACAAUAUCUGAAACAACCACAGCAUUUACGAACAUAUCUUCGAACAACAGCAGCCCUGAGAAAACCUCAUUCGCUAACGGUCUCGAAGCUGAUCUUCCAACUACAACGGAAUGUAGUGUAACUUACCAACCCCAUCAUUACCCUAUAAAAAGGAAAACAAGAGAUGGGAUGGACUCCAAGAGAGAAAGAAAAGCAGCCAAAACAUUAGCAAUUAUAACAGGGGCGUUUGUGCUCUGUUGGCUACCGUUCUUUAUAAUGGCUGUUUUAUUGCCCAUAAAUCCUAACGUAUUUGAUAAAUAUUUGGUGUCUAUAUGUCUAUGGUUAGGAUAUUUUAAUUCGACGCUUAAUCCUAUUAUAUACACUAUUUUUAGUCCAGAAUUUAGGCACGCUUUUAAGAAAAUUCUUUGCGGAAGGAAUUACGCUAGAAGAAAUAGGCACUUUGGUGUUAGAAACUUUCAAUGAUGGAGGCAAAGUGGUCGCUUACCUUCGGAUACGGAUCCGCCAGUGGCGGCGAGGCUAGCUGCAAUAGUUGCAGCGCCCGCUGUAGCUAGCGGAUCCAGAAAUGUCACUUUUAAAUGUGAUUGAUCCGAAGGUAGGAGAUCACUUAAUGCGAUCUCGCCGUGUGUAGAAGUGGAAAACAGCAGUACAAGUAGUGAAAACAGAAGAGUUGUGCUUGAGAUGCAAACAUUUUAAAUAAAUACGUAGUUAAAACCAUUGUAAUAUACUUUAGAUAUCAACACAACACAGGAAAAGCGGGUACCAAUAUAACUAUUCUAUUAUUAUAUUUUAUAUAAAUGUAAUAUUACAGUAUGGUAGCAGUGCUCAUUUUUUAUAUAUUAAGAAUUAAGGCCCUAAACUCUAUUGUAAAAUCAUAUCUAUUUCCUGAAACAGUCUACACUUACUUGGUUUCAAAAUUUUGUUUGCUCAUGUUAUAGGUUAAUCAAUCUGCUUACUACUACAAACAUUUUAAUUUCGUUUAAUAAUAUAUAUUUUAAAUCGAGAUUACUAGGCCAAAUCAUUUUAAUAUACAUUCCUAACUUCUGAAUUCAAAUUUAGUAUGUUUAAUAAUAUGUUUACUUAAUAUAUUUAAUGUUUAUUUUUAUAUGGGUCAUCCUAUAUUGGUAAUUACCCCUUAAAAUGCUAAUAAUUGAGUUUGACAUAAUAUUUUCAAGAAUAAUUUUUUUCUCUGUCCCUUAGUUAUUGUGAUUGACAGUUGACAAAUUAAAGCUUGCAAAAAAUUGCAAUAUAAAUCUAAAAAUCGGCUGUUUCGGCAUUUCCUUAAAAUCUAAUAACUACAGCCAAAUAUGAGGCCUUUUCUUUGGCCCACCCUGUAUAUAAAAUAUAAAUAUACACACAUAAUUAAAGUAAAGAAAUUUUAAUAACCAGACCCUACCUGAUUCAUUCCUUAUCACACAUGAAGAAACGACAUACAGGAUUUUCCUAUCGUUAGAUAACCAAGCUUGCCAAACAUGCAAGCAAACCAACCACUUAACAAAAAACUGCCCAAUGUCUACUGCAAUUACAACGGAUAAUCCAACAUCAAAUAAUACAUUUCCAAACACAGACCCGAUUGAAAAAACAACUAAUCCACCAAUCCAAAAAACUCAGACAAACACUCAUCAACAACAGUCGAAAGAAGAAAACGUACAACAAAAAACCCAAUCUCUAAAUACCCAACAGCAAGAACCACACCUACACCCUACCAAAGAAGAUUCUUAAACAACAAACGACCAAAAAAUUGAUCUAGAAAAUAAGGCAAUGCAUAUAAACACAGAUAAAGCACAAAACAAACGCACAAUAUCCCAAAUCUCUCCAACAACUACCACUUCUACAGAGGAACCUAUUUUCAUUACACCAAAAAAUAAAAAAAAUAAAAUCAUAUCAAAAUAUCACACCAAAAAAAACACUGGAGGAAAUGCUAAGUUACACUAAAAUAUUAUUUGAUAAUUCAAACUCCAACUACCCUAUAAAUUACGAACAGUAAUUAGACUUUUUUGAAAACUGCGAGAACUCACCAGACCCCUUGAGUAUCGCAAAAAUGUAUACAGAAGAGACAGCAGAAGUCACAAUACUAUUAUCUGAUAUAUACCCUUACCUGAAGGAUCGAAAAAUUAAAGGCAAAUGCACUAGAAUAAGAAAUAAAAUAUUAAAGCAAGACAUUCACACUGACACAGACAGUGACGCAUCUACAGAUACUUAUUAAUACAUAAUCUUCAACUCUCUAAUUCAAUGGAAUAUAAAUGGGUAUUAUACCCAUUUAGAAAUGUUAAAAUUAUUAAUUUCAAAACAUAAACCUAGUUUAAUAUGUUUACAAGUCAAGAAACCAAUUUCAAAAAUAACAAAACUCACAACUUAAAGAACUUCAAUUGUUUCUUUAGAAACCGAGACCCCAUCAAGGCUAUACGAAGUCAACAAACACCCACAUCUUUGGAAACCAAAAAUAAAAGACAGAAGAGAACAAGUGAUACUUACCCGUCUCCGUAUUCGGCCAUACAAAACUUACUCAUGACUAUUUACUACAACGCAAAAAUAAACCAGUGUGUGAAGUGUGCAACAGUGAACUAACGGUAAAACAUUUUUAAUACAGUGUCCCAAAUAUAACAGUGAACGACGGAAGUAUAACAUACCCGUCUCCCUAAAAGAUGCCCUAGAAGAAAAUACACAUACUAAAAUAUAUUUUCGUACCUUAAAGACUGUCAAAUACCUCAAAAGAUCUAAAACCCAUAUUGUAACACACAUAUCAUUAUUAACUUAUGUAUAUACAUUGUUUAUAUAAAUUAUUGUUACAUUAACCUAAAUGCGCUAAUGAUCUUGCGUGGUCGUUGCGUUAUUAUAAUAAAAAAAAAAGAAAUUUUCAUGAUUUUCUUCAAAUUUUGUUCAUAAAAUCGAUAUUAUCCUGUCAUUCUAUGGAAAUGGCAGGAUUCCGAAAUUCAUUCAUUCAUUUUUUUUUCCUAUGGAAAAUCUAAUUUUAACCAGAAAAUUUGACAGGAAACCCGUGGAUUUUUCCACAAAUUGUAAGUACCUCCUCUAACCUUCGAGUAUUGCAAAAGGUAGGGCAAGGGAAAAUCGUGGGUGAACUUGUAUCUAAUAUCUCCCGGUCUAUAUUAUAAUGUAGGUUUUAUUUUUAUUUUAUAUCCGAAUAAUAUUCUCACGUCUAUCAAAUUUCGAAUGUGGGUUAACUAUACUGAUGAUUCUGCACAUUAAAAUCUAGAGGUGACCAUGCGGGCUAUUAGUGUUGAGUGCCCAUAUACAAUUUUCAAAAUGUGAAAAGCUCCAUCAUGCAUGAACAGUAUACGUCUUCUAAUUAGGAGAGAUUUUACUUUUAAAAUAGCCUGAAAUUUCAAAAGCGGCAGGUUUUUUCAGAUAAUCAUAAUAUUGACUUCCUUAGCAAACAAUAUAACAAAAUUUAAAUUGCUACUUGCCUUUUGUUCUAAACAUUUUUGACUAUACUGCAUACGGAGAGGAUAAUUAUGAAGUAGUAAGACUUCAACACUUUGGGUAUAAUGUAGAUACAAUAAAUUCUACACAUAGUUUCAAAAAUUUUGCAUCAGCCAAAAUUUUCGCUAUUAUUAAAUAUUUUCAGAAAUAAACUACUGAUUAAAACUACUGAUAGAGAUCAUUUAUAAAAAUAAAUAUCAAUACCUUGACAGAUACUUUUUUUUAAAUAGAUACUGUUUUUUUUAAUAAAUAAAAAAUUAAAAACUAAAAAUUUUUUUCUAAUUAAAAUAUAUUUAACAAUUUCAGGUACUUGUAACUUCAUGAUUGGUUCUAUGAGGAGCCCUUCGGGCAUGAAGAGCUUUGGAGAGCACAUCCCAUGUAUGUUGUCUUAAUAUAGUCAUUAAUAGUAGGGGAGUAAAGUAUGCUAAAUUUGCAGUCACUCGAGCGUUAUGGGGACCAAUUCGGUUGUGAUUAUUAGGACCUAAAAUAAAAAAAAAUUAAGUAAAAUUUUCAAUUUUAGCGGUCGCUUGCCAUUUUUUAAUUUAAUUUUCCUACAAUGGUUUUUUCCGAUUAUAGCUCCAUCUAUCCAUAAUUUGAAAAAAUGUUUCGAAUAAAAGUUGUUUAUUUUUACGUAAAGAAUCCAAAUCUGUAAUAAAAAUUUGGGGGUCCCAUUUAAGAUUUUAAAGUAACCCCCCACCCCGCCCCCGUGGUGGAUCUCGUGAUUGAUAUCAUUCGAUAGAUUUUUCAAAACAAUUUUGAAAGUGUAUUUUGCUGUUUUUCUAUCUGAUGUUUAUUUUUCGAAAUAUUGCGGGGUUUGUAUUUUAAAUUUUAAAUUUACUCCCCACCCCUCUCCGUGGGGUGUCAUGUUUAGUACCAUCCGAUAGAUUUUUGAAAAAUAUUGAAGCCGUAUUUUUUUUGUUUUUCGAUCUUACGUUCAUUUCGCGAAAUAUUCGCUUUUCUUUUGUGAAAUUUUUGACUCACCCAUUUCCUUGCGCCCCGCUCAAAUCGUCAGAUUUUUUAAAUAUACACUCUCUUGCAUGUACUUAACUUACCUUAUCUUAAUCUGAGAAUUUCGAGUAUUUUAACCAUAGAUUUUUUUUGGGCCCCCUUAACGAACCUAUCUGUGUUAAGAGCCAGUAUAUGGUAAAGGUACACCUGCAGGGUACCAGGCUUCUCCCAUAUGAUAAUCUGACGCGCUCGAGUAACUGCAAAAAUCCCCGCUUGGGCUCCCCUACCAUAAGUGCUUUAUUCCUAUUUUGGGCGGGCGUUAUUAUCCAUAAAUACACAUUUUUUACGCACAGCUCCUCACCAUAUUGUCGCAUGAUCUAUAUGUGUUUUUGAUCCAACUGGAGGCGAGACCUGUUAUACCCUGUUCUUCCUCUGAUAUUGCUUCCAUAAAAAUAGCUUCGCUGUACAGAUUUAAUAACAAUGGAGACAACACGCGUCAACAGGUAUCUAACACCUUUUUUGAUUUCUAUAGUUUCCGUUUCGAAAUUUUCGAUUUUAACCCUUGCUUUUUGAUUCCAGUACAGAUUGACAAUAACCCGUAUAUCUCGACUGUCUACAUUCUUUUCUUUUAAAAAAUCUACGAGUUUCUGAUGUCGUACUCUAUCAAAAUCCUUUUGAUAAUCUAUAAAGCAAACAUAGAGAUCCUGAUUCUUAUCUCGUCAUCCUUGCGCGAGAACGUUAUAAGCGAACCGAGCCUCUCUCGUUCCUAGUCCUCCUCCUCUAAAUCCAAACUGGUUGUCAUCUAUAUCUUCUUCUAUUUUUUGUAUAUAAUUUAUAUAUUUGAAUAAAAGUAUAUAACAUAACUCGUGAAUACGAGGGGUGAUGCAUAACUUUUAAAACUAUAUGUCUUUUAAAAUCUGCCAAACUGUUUUUUAACUAAUAUUUAUUUGUUAUGGUACACCUGAAAUAUACAGUGAGCACGUAAAGGUUGGAAUAAAUUCAUUUUCUCGAGAAUGGACGAUUUUGGAAAAAAAUCCCAGAACAGGUCAAUUUUUAUUUUUAAAUUACAACUUUUUGGCAUAUAUAUCAUACUAGUGAUGUCACCCAUCUGGGCGUGAUGACGUCAUCGAUGAUUUUUUUAAAUGGUA